CCGGCGUUGGUGUUUUUUCAAUUUUUGGAAGAAUUUUUUAUUUUUGCAAAUUUUUAUAUCGUGAAUCAUGAGUGAUGUCGAAAAGAGGAAGAGGGGUGCCAAUUUCACAAGUGCAACUAGAUUACUUCUAUCUAUAAUUACGGAAUUUAAAGGGAUCAUCGAAAACAAAAAAACUUAAGGUGUUUCCGUACAUGAAAAAACCAAGCGUGGAGUAAAAUUACUGCAAAAUUUAAUGCAGCUUGCCUUGAAGGGAGGCAUCGAACAAUGGACUCCUUAAAAAAGCUAUAUGACAAUAAAAAAGGGACCUACGGAAACAGGAGCCAGAAGAGAAGAUGGAAAUACUAAAAACUGGUGGUGGGCCUUCACAGACAACUGAGUUACAUUCAAUAAGCAGGAACCAACAGAUCACUGUUGAGGUAUUCAUUUUUGCUUACAACUGUUUUCAUCACUGAAUCAUCAUAAUUGAUGGAAGAUGGGAAUCAAGAAAACAGUUCCAGGAGUAUGGAGCAACUAGCAGAUAUAUCAAGGGGAUGGAAGGAAGGGGCAGAUUUGAAAAAACCUGUUUCAGCUCAAUUGAAGCGAUCUAUCAGUAAACCAGCACAAAGCGAUAAGGCUGAAAGCCAAGAAAGCAAACGUGUUAAUACCUGCAAGCCAUCAAAUCAUAGAAGACCUACUCAGACAGUCAUUAGGUCACUGUCAUCAAACCAGCUCGCUGAAAAAUACAACUUGUUGGUUGAUAAAAAGAAUGUUAUUGCAGACCAUGUUCAGAAGAAGCUCGAACAAGAAAUUGAUUAUGCAAGAAUUGAACAUGAAUUAAGGGUACAAGCGUUAAAAUAUGACAUUAAAAAGCGGCAAUUAGACUCAUUGAGGCCCUAGGCAGAACGACACAUUAUACAUAAG